AUGGCCACGUCCCAGGGCCCCGCCAGCCAGUGGAGCCCGGUGGUAAUUGUGGAGGCUGCCGGUGGAGCCCUGCCCCAGAUUUCCCAGUACUCAGUGAAACCUGCCAACCAGGAAGAGGAUGCCUGGAAGCGAGAUGGGUUGAGAAUGCUGAGAAAUGCUCGGGUGUGCAUGAGGUCUGCCGGCUUUAGCAGAAGAGAGCUAAGUGGGAAUGACUUAAGGAUACCAAGAGUCCCUGACAAGGAGGCUACAAAUAAAUUCAAGUUUCCCCAUGUGCAGGGCUGUGUGUCCUUUGAGGAUGUGGCUGUGUACUUCUCCUGGGAGGAAUGGACACUGCUCAAUGACUCUCAAAGGCUUCUGUACCAGACGGUGAUGACGGAGAUCUUAGCACUCAUGUCCUCUCUCGGACUUGUACCUUCCGGGAUCCAUGACAUCACUCAGCUGGAGUCUUGGGGAGAGCCCUCUGUGCCUGCAUUGAGAUUCCUGACUCCAGGUUGUUGGAUCAAAGUAGAGAGUGAAACGUCUCCUUUUGAGCAGAGUCUGUCUGCAGAAGGAGGUGUUAGUUUAUCCACGCUGCAACAGCAAAUGCUGUGCUGUGCUGAGACACCCUUGCUAAGCACGGACAAUGUGACGAUCCUUCAGACCUCCAGUCUUCUCAGGCAUCAAGUGACUUACACUGCUGGGGACACCCCCAUGAACACUGAGAGUGGAGAGGCCAUUCAGAGUGAGAAGAAGAACUGCAUAUGCAGUGACUGUGGCAAAACUUUUACUAGCACGUCCCACCUCAAUCGGCACCGGAUGAUACACACGGGAGAAAAGCCUUUCCAGUGCAGCGAGUGUGGGAUGUCCUUCAGCCAAAAAGCCUUUCUCAUUAAACAUUUUAGAAUUCACACAGGAGAGAAGCCUUUCAGGUGUGGUGAGUGUGGCAAAGCCUUCAAGCAUAAUAUUUCCCUUGUUUCUCACCAGCGAGUUCACACAGGAGAGACGCCCUUUACCUGCACGGAAUGUGGGAAAUCAUAUAUGACCAGAUCCAACCUUACACGUCACUUUCAAGUUCAUGCUUCAGAAAAGCCUUACAGUUGCAGUGAAUGUGGCAAAGCAUUUAAGGAGAAAUCCAGCCUCAUUUAUCAUGCGCGAGUGCACACUCGUGAAAGGCCUUUUCAGUGCAGCGAUUGUGGGAAGUCCUUCAGCCAAAAAGCCUUUCUCAUUAAGCAUUUCAGAGUUCACACUGGAGAGAAGCCUUUCAGGUGCAGUGAGUGUGGCAAAGCCUUUAAACACAACUGCUUCCUUGUUGCUCAUCAGCGAGUUCACACAGGAGAGACACCUUUUACAUGCACUGAAUGUGGCAAGUCAUACAUGAACAGAUCCAGCCUUCUAUAUCAUUAUCGGGUUCAUACUGGAGAAAAGCCGUAGAAGUACAGUGUGGUGGUUUGAAUAGGUUUGGCCCCCCAUAGACUCAUGUGUUUGAACGCUUGGCCCAUAGGGAAUGACAUUCGUAGGAGGUAUGUCCUUGUUAGAAUAGGUGUAGCCUUCUUGAAGGAAGUGUGUCACUGUGGGGAUGGACUUUGUGGUCUGAUGCUCAAGCUCCACCCAGUUCUGGAGACUCUCUUCCUGGCUACCUUUGGAUCAGGAUGCAGAACCUCUGCUCCUCUAGCACCACGUCUGCCUUCACACUGCUGUGCUUCCUGCCGUGAUGAUAGUGAACUGAACCUGUAAACCAGCCCCAAAUAAAUGUCCUUUCUAAGA